UUGUGCAUGUUGGCAAACGUGGUCUAAGGAUAGUUGCAGUUCUUCCGUCAUUUUGUGGCUGCUUUAGCCUUGUGACAGCACUUUGCUGAUUCGUGCAUUAAGUAAAGGCGGCUUAAAAGCAGUCGUCUGUGAAUAUACAAAUUCUUUAGGCAACCAUGUUCAACAGUUUGUUAGAGGUGGCACGGAAUUCGCCUUUCCGUAGCCCUAUUGCACCUGUACAAUGUGAAGCUGAAUCUAAAUCAUUGGCAACAAUGGCAGCCUCCACCUCAGAUGCAACAGGAGAUUCCUGUGCCUUUGGAUCUGGUCAUUACUUUGCUCUUUGCGGAUUUGGAGGAAUUAUUUCUUGCGGUGUAACACACACCAUGGUCGUUCCACUUGAUUUAGUGAAAUGCCGUAUUCAAGUAGAUCCUGCAAAAUACAAAUCAGUAUUCAAUGGAUUCAAAGUAACUCUAGCGGAAGAUGGUGCUAGAGGUCUUGCUAAAGGUUGGGCUCCAACCUUUGUUGGAUACUCCAUGCAGGGUCUUUGCAAAUUCGGUCUUUAUGAAGUAUUCAAAGUAUUGUACUCUGACAUAUUGGGAGAAGAAAAAUCGUACUUAUGGAGGACAUCGCUUUACUUGUCGGCUUCUGCUAGUGCAGAAUUCUUUGCUGACAUUGCUUUAGCUCCCAUGGAAGCUGCUAAAGUUCGUAUCCAGACUAUGCCUGGAUUUGCUAACACCAUGCGUGAAGCAGUUCCCAAAAUCUAUAAGGAUGAAGGACUUAAUGGAUUCUAUAAGGGCUUAGUACCAUUGUGGAUGAGGCAAAUCCCAUAUACCAUGAUGAAGUUUGCUUGUUUCGAAAGAACAGUUGAAUUGUUAUACACUCAUGUGGUUCCCAAACCCAGAGCAGAAUGCACUAAAGGUGAACAAUUGGUUGUCACCUUUGCUGCUGGUUACAUUGCCGGUGUAUUCUGUGCAGUAGUUUCUCAUCCUGCAGACACAGUUGUUUCCAAGCUAAAUCAAGACAAAGGAGCAACAGCCAUUGACGCUGCCAAAAAACUUGGCUUUGCUGGUUUAUGGAAGGGAUUAGGACCUAGGAUCAUCAUGAUUGGUACAUUAACCGCUGCCCAAUGGUUUAUUUAUGAUGCCGUCAAAGUCUGGUUGCGUAUGCCACGACCACCACCACCAGAGAUGCCAGAAUCUCUCAAGAAGAAAUUAGCUGCCCAACAGUAAAAAUAGAUCUGUGAUGAUCCUCUCAAUAAUGCAUGUAUCAGCAAUAUUACAAUUGAAAUUGCAACUAACAUCUAAAAUAGCAGUAUCAGUGAUGGACUAUUCAAUUUAGUAACAAUGCUGUCUAACUGGAUCACGUUUUUCAUUCCAAAUUUUAAUUUUAAAUGAAAUAGGCAAUUAUAAUAGUAUUACAAUUUCUUUUAACAAAUUUGUGAAAAACGUUUCUGGUUGAUGUGUAAAUAAAACAUAAAAAUGGAUA